GCAACACUGAAAAUCAACUGUUUUUGGAAGGUUAUUUGACAUUGGAAUUUUCCACUGGAACUUAAUGGAAUAUUUAAAUUUUAGAGAUUUCGCUCAUUUUUUGUUUAUAAGCUGGACAAAGUGCGGAUGUUGUUUUACUUAUUUCUGUGCUUUCUCAAAACAAACACGGCUGGCUAAAGUGGAAUAUUUUGGUAACGAGAAAAAAUUGGAAGGAAAUAAAAAAGAAUUGCCGCUAAACAAACAACAUUCGAUAAUAAAAAAGAAAGCUUCAGCGUGGCGUGAUUUUCAAUCUCAAGAGAAAUAGGCUUGCCUACAAUUUACAUCAUCCAGUUGCACUUGUGCAUUGAAAAUAGAAUCAUCGUAAGCAGCAUUCGUAAACAAGAUAGGCGUUGCGUCAGUAGCUUGCAAUUAUUUGUCUUUUUAUUAAUUUAACAAGCACAAUUUGAAUAACAAUGAAUCGUGUGGCUAUGGGAUCGGUGCGUGUGGCAAGAAGCGGGAAUCUCUUAAAUGACGCAUACGUCGCUGCACCACAAUCUGCUAUGGCAACGAGUAAUGUAAAUGUUUCGCACAACAAUAACAAUCAGUUGAACUUAUCUACGAAAGCUCCUCUAAUAAAUAGAAACUUGACACCGGUUGCUGACAGCGAUGCAUUGAAAACAAGCAAAAAUCCCCAACUAGCCGCCGAGAUAGUUAAACAAUCGAACGUAGUUUGCUUUGAUGUAGACUCAACAGUUAUAUGCGAAGAAGGCAUCGACGAACUUGCGGAUUUUUGUGGAAAGGGUUCGGAAGUAGCACGGGUAACAAAAGAAGCUAUGGGCGGGGCAAUGACAUUCCAAGAUGCCCUAAAUAUUAGGCUUAACAUUAUAAAACCAAGUCAAAAACAGAUCAUCGACUUUAUGAAACAGCGUCCUCACACCUUAACGAAAAAUAUUCGAUCUCUAGUUGAUAAAUUCAAGUCAGAAGGGAAAGAAAUCUAUUUAAUUUCAGGAGGUUUUCAUUGCCUAAUAGAUCCAAUAGCAGAUGACCUGGGAAUUCCAAGAGAGCACGUAUUCGCUAACAAAUUAAUGUUUUAUUUUAAUGGUGAUUAUGCCAGCUUCGAUACCUCACAACCUACUUCUAAAAGUGGUGGUAAAGCAGAGGCUGUGUCGAUUAUUAAACGAUCCUAUCCGAGUGCAAAUAUUACAAUGAUCGGCGAUGGAGCGACUGAUUUGGAGGCUUCUCCCCCAGCAAAUAAUGUUAUUGGUUUUGGCGGAAACGUUCUGCGUGAUGAGGUCCAUAAACGGGCUCAGUAUUAUAUUAUGGAUUUCGCCGAGCUUAUGUGAUAACACGAUGAAGAAGUAUAUAUUGUCGUUUAAAGUACAAAACCGCGAACAAAGCCUCACAUACGCGGUUUUGCAUUUUGUUCAUACGCGGUUUUAUACUUUAAACGACGAUAUGUAUAUAUGUAUAGAACGUAUUAUAUAAUUGCAUAACUGGGAGCAAUUAGUCUAGUGUAGAUAUUGCAAAGUAUAAAUACUUAUGCUAAUGAUUAUCGAAUAUACAUAGAUACAUAUUGAUAUGAAGUUCUGAAGUCUAAUGGAAUCAUUCAUAAAACAAUAAAAUAGAUUUAUAAAGCGUUAUUAAGGGAAAUUUUUUGUAGUUUCUACUUUUUAAGCAUUAUUAAAUCUGUUUUAAUAUUGAUGAAUUUACAUGUAAUAUUUUUAUAGUAGAAAGAAAUGAUUGUUAUUAAUUCGUAUAAUAGUAGAUUAUUUAUAAAAGUAUAAUUCCCUAAAAAAAACCAUAAACUAAUACUUGAUUUGUAAUGCCUGGAAAUCUGUUGGAUAAAGCAGUCAAACUAAUAAAAAGUAGCGCUGAGAAGGGAAAUUAGCCAAAUGUAAAUAACUUUAAUGAUUGUACAAAUAGUUCAAUACGGCUUUUGUUAAAAAGUUAGCGUAAUACAAAAAUGAAUACAUCUACUAAAUGCAUGUGAUUAGAAAGUUUACAAAAUGCCGAUUAUGUUUUAUUUUCGUUAUGGAAAUGCAAUG